CGAAAGUCUUUCAUCGACGUAGUUGCCAACAAAGACGACAAUGUUGAAUCUUAGGAAAAAAUUCCUUUCAUUGAAUCGUUAUGAAUUGAUAGUUUAUGUUUGUAUGGUGCUGUUAACAUUAUUUUGUAUUUGCAAUAUAACCGAUGUAUUACAUGGUUAUUUUCGAUUCGAAACGACCGUACAAUUCGAUCGUCAACGACCCGAUCAUACUGAUUUCCCCGGUAUUACAAUCUGUGGUCGUGCCAUUUUUACACCCGAAUUUCUAGCCAGUAACUACAUUGGAUUUAAUCGUUCCUAUCGUGAAUUUCUAAAUGAAUUCCAUCGUAAUCCUCGUGUGAAUCGAACCGAAUCGAUCCGCAAUCGUUAUCGAUUAUUUCAUAUUUAUGAAAAUAUUGCCCUAACCGAUUUCAACGGUACAGACAUCAUCCAAAACUAUAGUCUACGUUUAGAUCAGUUGAUACGUUGGUGUAAAUUCCGUCCCAUCAAUAUUCGAACAUUACAGCGAAGAAAAGCAAAUUCUACAAUAUUGCAAACAGAAUUUGAUUGUGAAAAAAUCAAACAACCAUUGCCCAUUGUGUAUGAUGGCCGGAAAUGUUUCAUGUAUUUUAGUGAUCUGGAAAAUGUUCAACCCGAAUGGCGUCAUUAUAAGCCACCAAUCGAUAUUGAUGAUUUUUUCAAUAUUCAUCAUCAUCAUAACAACCAUCACAAGUCAGCGUUGUUCAAUCAAUCGGACCCCAUCAUCAUGGCAGAAUCGAUUCCAAUUGAUAAUGAUGAUUAUUCCAAUGACUUUGAUUAUGAACCGUUCAAUUCAGACGACUUGAAGCAUAUGAAAUUUGAAUUGAAUCCUUAUAUUGUUAUGCAAAUCAAUAUGCAUAAUCAUUUAUGGGAUUUUAUUGGCGAUUCAUUCGGUACAACAACCAUUACGGUCCAUCCACCAAAUAUUCUGCCGAAUAAACGUCGUUUUCGUUCAUUACAAGUGCAACGCAGCUCAUAUUAUGAAGUUAGUUUUACUAAGAAAACUACCCAUAAAUUAUCCAAACCAUACAAUACUGAAUGCAUUGAUUAUGCGGAUGAUGCCAUAUUUGUCCGUUAUCGUACCCAAGAUUUAUGUCGUAACAUUUGUAUCAAAGAAUAUUCAUAUGGCAUUGAUGGUUGUAUUAAUUAUUAUUUGGCUCUAUCAACUAGGAUGUUUGCCGAAGAUAAUUCCGAAUUUAUGUGCGAUCAUGAUUAUCAGAAUUACACCACAUUUUUAUCUGCCGAAAAUCAUUGCGAAAAUAAAUGUCCAGAUGAGUGUUUGCAAACAAUAUUCGAACUGAAUGGUCGCAUUGAUCCGGUAUUGACGACCGGCUAUGGCUGGCCCAUCAAUGAUAAUCCGGAAACGCAUACAAUAGUAUUGAUUAAAAUAUCACCCAUUCCAUUUCAAAUUAUACAACAUCGACCACGGAUAUCGAAGGAAGAAUUCAUUGGCAUCAUUGGUGGUCAUCUUGGUAUUUGGCUAGGUCUUUCUAUCUAUCAUAUUAUCCGUUUUUUGAUACAUUUCAUUUUUCAUAUUGUUCAACGUUUAGCUAGGAAAUUUUUCAAUUUUCAUAAACUACUACCACAGAAACAACGAAAGAGAAACGUUGUCCAAACAUUACCUGAUAGUGAUAACACAGUAACAUAGCAAUAAAAUUGAUUUGAAACAAGAGUUUUUUAAAUAAAGAUCUU